GGACUACGGCUCCCGGGGCGCCCCGCGCGCGCAGGCGCAGAGCGCGGCGCUGCUCCCUGGUAAACAGAGCGGCGCGGCGGCGGCGGGGCCCGGGUCUCACAAAGGGGCGGCGGGCCGGGCCCAUGCGCGGCGGCAGCGCGGCGCAGGCCCGGCGGCGCUGCUGAGGCGGGCGCCCAUGGCGGAGGCGGGCGGCGCUGCCGCCGCGGCGCUGGACAUCGACCCCGACUUCGAGCCGCAGAGCCGGCCGCGCUCCUGUACCUGGCCGCUGCCGCGGCCCGAGCUGCCGGCGGCGCCGGCGGAGGCGGGCGGUGCGGCGGGCGGCGCGGAGGAGGGCGCGGGCGGCGCGGCGGCGGGGCCCGGGCGGGCCGAGGGGGCGCGGGCGGGCGGCGCGGCGGCGCGGAAGGGCGGCUCCCGGCGCAACGCCUGGGGCAACCAGUCCUACGCCGAGCUCAUCAGCCAGGCCAUCGAGAGCGCCCCCGAAAAGCGGCUCACGCUGGCGCAGAUCUACGAGUGGAUGGUCCGCUCCGUGCCCUACUUCAAGGACAAGGGCGACAGCAACAGCUCCGCCGGCUGGAAGAAUUCUAUUAGACAUAACCUGUCCCUGCACAGCAAGUUCAUUAAAGUUCAUAAUGAAGCCACAGGAAAGAGUUCUUGGUGGAUGCUCAAUCCUGAAGGUGGUAAAAGUGGAAAAGCACCAAGAAGAAGAGCUGCCUCCAUGGACAACAGCAGCAAACUUGCAAAAGUCAGAGGUAAAGCAUCCAAAAAGAAGGCUUCUCUACAGUCUACUUCAGAAGCCACUGCUGACAGUCCUGGCUCCCAAUUUCCUAAGUGGCCUGGGAGCCCAUCCUCAAGAAGUAAUGAGGACUCUGAUGUGUGGAAUACUUUCCGGCCUCGAACCAGUUCCAACGCAAGCACCAUUAGUGCCAGGCUUUCUCCUAUCCUGACCGAGCAGGAUGACCUCCAUGAUGAAGAGCUUCUCCCUUCUCUAGUGUACUCCAGUGCAUCCAGCAAUGUUCCACCAACUGUGACUGAGGAGCUUGAGCUCAUUGAUGGGUUAAAUCUGAUGUCUCCCAGCUCAUCUGUGCUAUCCACCCAGCAAUCUGCCUCGAGUGGUCCAAUCCAGAGAGAUUCCAGCUUUUCCUUGCGGAGCCCAAACACAGCUGGUCAGACCACUACUUUUGGCAAUUCCCUGUUUAACCGUGUUGAUAUCUCGCUGCAGGGUUCUGUCAGUCAUUUCUCUGGCCCUCAGACCUUGGAAGCUCUUCUGACACCCAGCUCUCCGCCUCCAAGGGAUGUUAUGAUGACUCAGGUGGACCCAGUUCUCCCGCAGACUGGUAGCAGGAUGAGUAGCCGAACUCUUCUGCUUCUAGGCGGACAAGCUGCCCAGAGUAAGAUGAGCCCAGGUAAUCCACGAGGAAAGCCUACGGAGCAGCAGGCAGAGCCAGUCAGUGCCAGUGUUCUGCCGUCAACACUUCCCAUAGUAGCAUCUCCCCAAAACACUGCCAGCAUGGCCAGUUUGAAGGCUCCAGUUUCUGCAACAACUGCCCAGUCAGUCCAACUGGGCACUCCACCACUUCUUUCUUCUGCUAGCCCUGCUCCCUUGGGAUUGAACCAGGACAGGCUGCCCACUGACCUGGACAUUGACAUGUACAUGGAGAACCUUGAAUGUGAUAUGGAUUACAUAAUCAACAGUGACCUCAUGGAUGGAGAAGGACUGGACUUUAAUUUUGAACCCAUUCUAUCUACUCCCAGCUAUCCCAGCACCUCACAGGCCUCCAACCAUACCUGGGUACCAAGUUAACUUCAGGAGCACAAAAAGUGUCCUUCAGGUUUUGAACAUCGGGUUCUGACUUCGCUUCCCACCCCGGCAGAGAAAAGAAUGGAGCACGUUGGAUACAGUUUCCCUGCACACCACACCUUGGGCAGAAGGGGCUGCCUACCCGGGAAGAAGGGGGCAACCUGCACCUGGCUGCAACAGGAAGAGUUUAAAAAAUAAUAAUCCUGUUAUGUGCCACAUCUCUUCCUACAAACCCGACCCUGCCUUGGACAUUGUGGGGAGACCCACAUCCAAAGAGGAGGCCUGGUAAAAACCUCAGCCAGAGUUUUCUGUGCCAGGCAAUAGCAUUUUCCCAUGUGAAGAGUUGUUUGCUGGAGGAAUAUCUCAGUGGCUAUCCUAUCUCUGCUAUGGCAGGAAGUCUCCCGGUGCCUCGGACUGGCAGGGGGCCUGCUCUGUCCUCACUUGGCUUGCCCUCUGGGGUGAAGUAGUUGGACGUUUUCAUUAAGCCACCAGACGUGCACUUGGUAUCCCACAGACUUGCAGAGGAAUCGGAAGAGCUUUUUGGUGGAAACCUUGUGGAAAGUGGAAAGCGGGUGUGCUAUUUCAGGGGAUUGGUUUCAGUGGUUUCAGUGUGCCCUUCUCUAGCAUCCAUCAUCAGUCCGCAGGGAAGGGUGGUGUAGAAGGCUUCCUCUUGUUUGUCUGAGCAGAACAGGAGGACACUCAGCUUUUCACUGUGCCAACAGAGCCCCGUUGAAUCAGGAGCAUGUUUAGAGAAGUCCCUAUGCUGUUCUCAGCACUUUCCUGAUACACCAGGCUGCUGUAAAAUAGGCACAGGUGCUAAUAGCUGUUUCUGGGACAUCAAAACAUCAUCUUAGGUUUGUUUCUGAGCUGUCUUGCUACAGCGGAGAAAUGGAAAGCCUGGGUGUGGCCUUAACAGAGCCCUGGUUGCUUUUCAGAAGGGCAUUUUCUAUAGAUGAAAUAUUUUUUUACUAAUCUGGGAACUUUCUACAGUAAAUAUGAAGCCAAUGUUGAGUGUGUCCCCAUUAGGCAUAUUAGGCACUCUCCCUCUGAGAAAGGUACAAGUGACAGACUUCUUUUUCAGAGCUGUAUUAGGAACAAAUACAUUUGAUGUUUGAUAAUGUAUAUGAUUGAGGGGAAAGAAUUGGCAGGUCCCCGCAGUUUAAAACCACCUUGGGGAAGGGUUGUACAUUAUUGUAAUCUAUAUGUAAAAGUAGCUGCAAAUUACAUAGAAGCUUUUCUAAACCUUUUUAAAUAUAUAUUAUAUAUUUUAAUUGAAAAUGAGAUUAUUGGAUAAAAACACAUUUGCUGCAUCUGUCCCCUUGAUACCAGAUAACACUACAGUAUGGGAGGGGACAGACCUAGGGCAUUUUGGGCCAAGGAGCUGAAGAUGUCAUUGGAAAAGUGGGAAGGGCACCGCAGUAUAACUGAGGAAUAGCUGCUCUCCCCAAAAUAGGUGGAAAGAGCCUGUGUGGCAUGGCAUUCAGCCAUAGCUCCUCCGUCUCUUUCCUCGAUUGGGCACUCCCACUGAGCCAAGAGCAUGAGGUUAGGGAAUGCUAAUCAUUAACAGCGCGCUCAUUCUCAGCUAAUCCUUUAAGUAGCUGGACUGCAGCUGAUACAUCGGACAUAGAUUCCCUAGUCUACUAAGAAGGUGGCGGGACUGGAUCAUGCUAGGUUUGCUGACACUCUGGAUAGUGCCCUCCCUAAGGGCUACCAGUUGUAUUUGGUAGCUGGCUUUUCGGUUUCUGCAGCUUUUUGUUUUCUUGCUGAAGUUUCUGUUACUGCUCGUGAACUUGAGGCUUGUAGUUGCACCCUUUAGGAUGUGCCUGGGAUUCUGCCCCAUCUCUUCAUCCUUGUGUGAUAGAAGCUAGGAGUCGAGAGCUGGUUGGGAGCGUUAGCUGGCAUGUUCCUGUUAUCGUUCUGGUGUUUGCUGUGAUCGGAUCUGAGAUGUGGGUGCUCUUACGGUGUUCUAGUAAACUUGAUCUGGCAGAAAGUCUCUGGACUGUGGCUCUUCUUCAGCAGGUUUGUAUCAUGCAGUGCAGUGAGCGGUACCACCUCAUCUGCCCAGAGUGUUUUCACGGGUUUCACUUCAUUUUCAUUUUGGUGGAGAUUGGGACAGAAGUGGUUGAUCUGGUCACCUGAAGCAAGAACUCCCAACAGUCUUAUCUUUAGCAUGUUCUGCCAUUACAGCCUUUGAAUAGCUUGAUUACUUUAGCUUUGAAGGCUCUCUUCAUUGUAGACCUCAUGGUGAUACGCUUCAAAUUCACCCACAAUCUGCGUGUCUGGUCAUACCUCAUUGUAACGAGGGGAAAAAAAAGGGUAGGUCCUAUGCUGGGAUCCCAGGUCUUGCGGAUUUGAGCCAUAAAUGCACAUUGUUACUGCAGUUCAUUAGAAAAACUGAUAGAUACCCUUUCCACAAACCCCCAAUCCUACAUAUGGCAUAUAUUGCACAUAAGAAUCAGCUGUUCUAGGCUGUGCUUAGUAGAUCUGGCAGGAUUUGCGGUUUUGGCAUGUAACAUGCCACACUGUCAGCUUGAGCCCUUAGGGGAAAUGAGUCGCAUCAUCUCCAGAGCAAGUUGACUGGCUGCUUGUGCUUCACGGACACAGCGCUGAGAAUCGCAAGUGCAAGCCCCGUUGGCUGUGGCGUUUCACAGCUGUGCAUCAAAGGACAGGAUACCAAUACGUGUGAUCAUGCAACACAUGAUGCUCUGCGCUGCCUUUAUCAUGAAAACGGAGACCAAAGCGAUAGGAAGGGCAAUAUCGGUUACCAGUGGUUCAGACCUGCAAAUCCAUGGUGAGCCAUUUCUGGCCGGUUGGUCUGUGCAAAAGAGGUGUCUACUUCAGGGCCUCCUAAACUGUGUCACCUGGGUGUCACAGCCCCAGGGGCCUGGCCUGUGAGCUGCCGCGAGCCUGGCCCUGAGUGCUUGUGGAGUGCCCUGGGGAGUUCGGUCUCUCCUGGCUAGUGCAUGUUCUUCUCUCUUCCAGCUCCAGGAGCUGCAGCCCAGGUACAGCAAGGUUCAUCAUAGUUGGUGCCCAACGGUGUGGCUUGAUAAGAGACCCUGUCCUUUUAUUAAGAAAUAGAGUGUGUACCUAUGCUCUUCCCUACUCCCAGUGCCAGACUUCCAGGGAAUCACCUGGGGACAUCACAGGUGACAAGAGCACCUCUGGCAGGAGCCCUGCUGUGCAAGUGUAUGGACCAAGCGUGUGUCUCUUGCGGCAGUCUGUGCAAGGUGCUUUCUGCUGCCACAGCAGGAUCCAGCAGUGGCUGAAGCCCCUGUGCACUCAUGCUGAGGAUGGCGUUUGGGAGACGAGUGGUGCUCUCGGCAUGCACAACAAGCAGUGAAUGUAACGCUGCAGAUACAGGCAGCUUAGCUCCUCGUCUGUACGUGUAACAGGAUAGCUGGAAUCAGGGUCAUGGAGGGCAAGGUAGCAACAAACUUUGAAGUUUUCCAGCCCCUUCUCAAAUAAUCUGCUCAUAAACCUUGAGCUUUUCUAGCCUGGGAUACUUUCAGAGGACACAAGAGACUGUAAAGUUCCUAAACUGCUGCUUGCUGAAAGGAUAUACCUAGAAGGGGAUAUUCAGUACUUGUCGUGUUUCUUAUUUUCUUUCCCUAAGCGUUUGCUCCUGGCUGCUGCUGGAGUCAGGAUAGUGUCCAGAUGGCUCUUUGCUCUGAGUUAGCAUAGCAGAUCCUGUACUUAGAGCUACCUUUGCUCUAAUGGGAGGUUGGGCUGGGAUUUUGAGAGCAGCUGUGAGCAUGGUGGGGAGGGGAAGGGGCCAGUGAAAUUGGGAGUGAUACUCCUGGAUAAGUGCCUGAGGGGAACGGGCAGGGGGCUUUCAGGGCUGUUGGCAUGAAGCCUUACAUUAUGCUGUGUGUGUUUUCCUUGUCCUCGUUGAGGUUGGGUGACAAGUUUCUUCAUCUCCAGAGGAUGAAACGCUAUCUUUCGCUGUGCAGAGCCUCUGAGCAGCUCUGUGCCGUGAAGGACUCUGUUAACAGCUACUCAUGGAGCCUAGCAGGGGACAGGCUGGUUGCUUUUGUUUACACCCGGGUUUAGCUGAUUGCUUGAGCCUUCCUUGUAACUUCAGUAUAUUUUACUAUAUUCCCAGCUUCCCGUGGGAGUUUGCAAUAUCGAAAGUUUCUUGGAGCUCUUAAUUUUUCUUGCUGAUGUGUCCAAAAACAUGACAUCCCCUACCCUGUGCUGCUUCAAAAACAGCAGUCAAAUCACUCUGGUAAGUGAGAGGAAUGAAAGCAGUAGGAGCGUUCCAGAGCCUGGGUGUAUUCAUAAAUGAGGCUCAUACUAGAAGCAAGUAGCACUAAUCAGCUUUUCCAAAGGAAAUGCCUAGAAAGCUUUUAUAUAGAUCAUGAUUGGUUCAUUUUCUUACUUAGGUGCUUAUUUAUAGCCACACUCAAAUGCUCCAGGGCUAGCCUUGCUCCGGGAAACCUGUGUCUGGUGCCAUGGGUAGGAGUGCCUUGGGAGUGGUGUCCUGGAUUAUCACCAAAAUAGUGUGCAGGUUUGGAGCCAUUAUCCAAAAAAAAGCUAUGGGACAUGAGCGUGAACAGGGAUGGCUUAGGGUUUGCCUCAGCUAUGUGUCUAAUGAAAAACUUGUUCUUAUUAAAGUAAUGGUGGGGAAAAGCAAGAAAGAGGUGAUGCCUGUAGCCUGAAAGAUCCACCCAUGUGAAAGCUUGGUAGCAUGUGGUAACCCAUCACUGUAGUUGCUGAAAGGGAUCCCCUCUCUUAAGUAGCCUUUACAUCUCUCCCUGCAUCAGAGUAUACAUACAGGCAAUGGCAAAUGAUCUGAUGGAAUCAAAAUCACAUAUAAUAUCAUGGUUUAAAAUAGGGCGAAGAGGCAUCAGAAGCUGAAGAUGAAAGAGCUGAUAGUUUUGCAUUUAUGGUUCUCCAGCUAAGGCAGUUUUACGGUGUGUAGUGAAAGGUGAUGUUUGCAGCUGGUGUUGUGGUGCUCAGGGUGGUGCUAACCUGUGGUGCUCCCAAGGUGUCUUGAAGGGUUUGGAUGCUUAGAAGACAGGUCCCUUCUGCUGGAAGGAGCCUUCUUCAUAAGGCAGCGGAGAUGGUUCUGUGGGGGAAAACGUUUCCGGGACAGUGGAGUCUCCACCCGGUGUGGUCGCAGGGAGGUUUUCUGCAUUGCUAGCACAGAUGUCUGCUGCACGCAGGGCAGGCACCACUAGCUGAUGUAGUUUCCACCCCUAUCCCCACUGCACUCUUUUACCCAUUUCUCCCAAGAAAGGUUUUUUUUUUUUUUUUUUUUUUUUUUUUUUUUUUUUUUUUUUUUACAUAAUAAAUCUCUGCUUUUGUUUGCUCUCUGUAGCAGUGUAACUUCUGCACCAUUACAGGCUCUUUGUUACCAUCUGUGCUAGCAAGACUGUAGAAUGUGCUAGACUAGGGGGGAAUGUUUGACAAAUAAAAACCUGUAAUCCUC